UUGUCCUCUGUGUGCACUUGCAGGUGUCGGGAAGUCUUCGCUUGUUCAUCUUUUAUGCCAAAACCAGGUUUUGGGAAACCCGUCCUGGACAGUGGGCUGCUCGGUGGAUGUUCGAAUCCAUGACUACAAAGAAGGGACUCCAGAAGAGAAGACCUACUACAUUGAGCUGUGGGAUGUUGGAGGUUCAGUGGGUAGUGCCACUAGUGUGAAAAGCACACGAGCAGUAUUUUAUAACUUGCUGAAUGGGAUAAUUUUAGUGCAUGACUUAACCAACAAGAAAUCAUCCCAGAAUUUGUAUCGCUGGUCUUUGGAAGCACUCAACAGAGAUGUUGCUCCAACAGGAGUUCUUGUGACAAAUGGUGACUAUGACCGUGAACAGUUUGCUGAUAACCAGAUUCCACUGCUGGUAAUAGGAACUAAGCUGGAUCAGAUCCCAGAAACUAAGCGGAAUGAAGUUUUGACCAGAACAGCUUUCUUGGCUGAGGAUUUCAAUGCCGAAGAGAUAAAUUUGGAUUGCACCAAUCCUCGUUACCUGGCUGCAGGUUCAUCCAAUGCUGUCAAGCUAAGCAGGUUUUUUGAUAAGGUCAUAGAGAAGAGGUACUUCUUAAGAGAUGGCAAUCAGAUUCCUGGCUUCUCUGAAAGGAAAAGGUUUGGAGGAGGAACACUGAAGAGCCUUCAUUAUGACUGAAUACGGAAGAAGUGGAAGAUGACUUCUCCGAGUCUCUAACGGCAUUCCCAUUCCGACUGGAUGCUUAAAGACAAUAAUGGUUAUAUCAAGCAGAGUAAAAUGAUUUUAUGCUUUGGCUGGGUAGACUGCUGAAGCUACUUUUGCUGGAAAAGACUUGGGGAAGAAUUUCCAAAAAUCUAAUCUGAAGCCUAGAGCGUUUCUUAGGAUUGCAGGCUGUCUGGAUAUAUGGGAACAUUUGGGGAAAGUGUGCAAUAAAUUGAAUGCCUCUCACACUGCUGUGGGAAACUUCAUCAUACACAGCAUGUAUAUGCGACAUCUUUGUCUCUGUUUUGGAAAACUUAUGGACAUUCUUUGCAAGGAAUUACAUUCGUCUUACCUCUGAAGGAAAGAUGAUACUGAGUGGGCAUCUCAUUUACAGUAAAGUGAACAAAACAAGUGAGCAAAAUGUAAGGAUGGGUAAGAAAUAGUCUGCAAAAUAAUAGAAUGCCUUCAUUAAAUGAAUGUCUCACCUGGAACACACUGUUCAGCCCUAUUCAAAAGGAAUAAAAGAAAUGGGCAAGAGAUGAAAAAAGAUUUGAAGCCUUCAAAAGAAAAUGAUGAGUAGAAAACAAGUCGUAUUAAUUCUGCUGCUUAAAUUGUAAUUGUUUACUUUGGGGAGGACAAAGUGAAUCAGUUACUCCUGUUUAUCUUUUCAUAAUUGAGUUUGGUCUUGUUCUUAAUAUUAAAUUAAAAGGC